CGUCAGUUCGCCCAUGUGCUCUUGCCCACCACCACUCCGCCCACAGCCGCAUCGCGAGCGACAAACAGCCUUACGCGACGACGUACCCAAACGUGCUUAACUUGUGGAACCUCAUCUGGUCUCUUCCCACUGCCUCUUAUCCGCAAUGCCCAUCGACACAGCCAAGCUCCAUCCGGCGUACGCUUCCGCGUUCAUGCCGUUCCCCUCCCGCCGCUCCACAGUGUUCAGCGCGAAGGGCAUGGUCGCGACGUCACAGCCCUUGGCUGCACAGGCAGGCCUCGAAAUCUUGAACAAGGGCGGCAACGCGGCCGACGCUGCUGUCGCCACGGCCGCAGCCAUGAACGUGUGCGAGCCGACGGCGACGGGGAUCGGCGGCGACGCCUUCUGUCUCUUCUACGAUGCCAAGAGCAAGAGCGUGCACGCCGUGAAUGGGAGCGGGAGAGCGCCAAAGGCUCUUACUCUCGAGUACCUCCGGGAGCAGGGCGUCACGGGGGACAGCAUCCCCCUGACCAAUCUCAACUCAGUCACUUGCCCGGGCACGGCCGCGGCGUGGUGUACGACCAUUGAAAGGUUUGGUAGUCUCAGCUUGGCCGAGGUGCUGGCGCCGGCGAUCAGGAUGGCCAAGGAGGGAGUCCCCGUCCACGAGCUAAAUGCCGAGGCGUGGAAGAUACAGGAGAAGCACGUCAAGGGGGCUAGCGACAACUGGCGAGAGAUGAUGAUGCCAAACGGCAAUGCCCCGCUUCCCAGUAACAUCAUGGUACACGCCGAGUUGGCGGCGACGUUUGAGGAGAUUGCAGCAUCGGGGCGCGAUGGGUUCUACACGGGCCGCAUUGCGCAGGCGAUUGUUGACCUCGUGCGCUCCAAGGGCGGACUGAUGACGCUGGACGACCUCGCUGGCACCACGGCUGACGUUGUCGAGCCGAUCAAGUAUGACUUCCGCGCAACUGACGCGGACCCAGGCAUCAGCCUGUGGGAGUGUCCGCCCAACGGACAAGGUCUUACGGCACUUGUCGCGCUGGGCAUUGUCGAGGCCGUGCAGGAGGUGCAUGGCGUCGAUGUGCUCGAUCUAGAGCUCAACAGCGCAGAAUACCUGCAUGUGCUGAUUGAGGCACUACGCCUUGCAUUUGCAGACACGCAAUACUAUGUCACCGACCCCGAGUUCGAGCACAUCCCCGUCUCCGAGCUCCUCUCGAAGGACUACCUUCGCAAACGCGCGGCCCUCAUCAACUUGGCGCACGCCACGCCCGUCGAGCACGGUAAUCCGACGUCGUCAUCGGAUACGAUUUACCUCGCAACCUCGGACGCACAUGGCAACGCCUGCAGCUUCAUCCAGUCGAAUUAUGCGGGUUUUGGCACAGGAGCCAUCCCCGCCGGGUGCGGCUUCACGCUCCAGAACCGCGGCAGCAACUUCACCUUGCGCGAGGGACACCCCAACAAUGUGGCUGGUGGCAAGCGGCCGUACCACACCAUCAUCCCAGCCAUGCUGACGCGCGGCGACGACCUCGUCGCUGCGUACGGAGUUAUGGGCGGGUUUAUGCAGCCGCAAGGACACCUCCAGGUGCUCUUUAACAUACUGCGGGGUUUGAGCCCACAGCAGAGCCUCGACGCGCCCCGCUUCUGUAUCAGCGCUGGACUUCCCGAUCCGUCAAAAAAGGAGAAGGGGAGCGCUGGGCAGGUCGACUCUGAGAUCUGGUUCGAGGAGGGGAUCGAUGAGAGCGUUGUGGAGACGCUGCGGGGCAUGGGACACCGAUGCGAAAUUGCGCGGGGCUUCGCACGCAAGAUUGCGGGUCGUGGGCAGAUGGUGACCGCUGUGCGCGACCCGAGUGGGCGCACUGUCUGGGCGGGCGGCAGCGACCUGCGUGGCGACGGGUGCGCCGUAGGUCAGAUUUAGCAGGCUACAGCAUAUGCAU